AUGCCUGUUACUUCAGCGCAGCUCACUGUAUUCUUUUCAUUGCUUCACCAAGUUAGCAAAUGCUUAAAUGUUGAGAAAAUGAUUAAAGAGGUCGACUCCUAUGGCGAUUGGUUCAUCGAUUUGCAUGAGUUCAUCGUCCUGAACACCAAGGACAUUGAUUCCAACUGGAUUUUGGAGAAUUUGAAGGACGUUUUCUUGGUAUUUGACAUCGACAAGAAUGAGAUGAUAUUGGCGGAGGAGUUGUAG